AUGAAGACCAACUUCUUUUUAGCUGCGGUCUUUGCUGCAAUUGCAGCUGUCAACGCAGAGACCACAUACGUCUGCGAAACGAGCGAUGCAAGCCCCUAUCUGCACAAUGUUCAAGAGUUGAUCGACAAUCUCAAUGAUGCGCCCCAGGGCGAGAACCAGUGUAAUCCAGGUCCCGAGAAUGGAUGCGGAAAAACAAUUACUGGAUACUCUGGCUCAGGCGGUGCCGCUUAUAUGAUAUGUGGUCCUGGAAUGCGGUGCUCCGGUGACCCUGGCGGUAUACCUUGUACUGUAAGCUGUGGAGGUAUGGUGUCAAGGCUUAUUGGCGACUACUUCGAAGUUCUUCGUGAUAAAUGCCAGGCUCCAGACUCGAAUGGUGAUAUUCGAGUCGGUGGUAUUGUCCGUAUGACUACUGGUGACGAGGUUAAUGAGCUUAAGCUCUUUUCAAAGCCCGGUUGA